AAAUAAAGUGAAAAAAUUUAAUACAAAAAUAAUAGUUUUUUAAAUUUUAAAUGAUAAAAAAUUAUUAUUCCUGAAUUUUUGAAAAGAAGAAAAAUUGAAUUAAAAUAAAAUAAAUUUUAAAGAAAAAUGGAUAAAAUUUGCAGAAGUCAAAUACCUGACUCGUCAUCAUCGCCGCCAUUAAGUUUCCACAACUUCGACGAUGACUUAAUGAGCGACUUACCUUCUUGCGUUUACGCAUCUCACCAAUUGUCUGUGAAUAAUCAAGCUAACCCGAAUAAUCUUCGUUUGAACGCUUCCAACCUCCGUCAACUCCAAUAUUUGCAACAUUCGGACCACUUGGAGACUGUGAAUCAAUCGGCUGGCUCGUCAUCCUCCAUGAACACGUCGCAUUAUGGAAAUUAUAAAUUACAAACUAAAAUGCAGUCAAAUGUCCGCGAAAGGAAACGCAUGGUUCGAUCAGCGCCGAAUGGCGCCGCCUCGAUGUUAGGCAGUAUCAACACAGCCUUCGACGAGUUACGCACCCAUGUCCCCACAUUCCCCUACGAGAAGCGCCUCAGUAAAAUCGACACGUUACGACUCGCAAUUGCUUACAUUGCGUUGUUACGAGAAGUCUUGGAAUCGGACUACGAUCCCUUAACGUACGUCGAAAAAUGUUUGCGGGGCGAAAUUAAAGCUGAACGCGCGAAUUGGAACACUUCCGACUUGACCGCACGUCUUUCGUGGAUCAACUGGGAGAAUUUGGGCGUCAAUCCGGGACGACGAACGAUGCUUACGAGCCUGGCGCUGGGCGCUGAACCGGGAAUGGCGAUGCAUUGUGGACCGCAUCCGCAUCACAUGUAAAAAUUUGGUGCAAUUUUAUUGUUUUUUUUCUAGUCUUCCGUUGCAAAAAAUAUUAUUUAUUCGAAAAUAAAUGUUUUAAAAUUAAAAUUAAA